AAUCUUUCCAAUAAUAAUAUUAACAUUAUUUUUAACAUUUUAUACAUUUUCAACCGAAUUUUUAUUUACAAUAACUUCAUCAUCAUCAUAUUCUACUGAUAAUACUAUUGAUACCGUUGAUAUUAUUGAUAAUAUUAAUACUAUUGAUACUAUUGAUACUAUUGAUACUGUUGAUACUAUUGAUACCGCUGUUACUACCACCACUCCCAUCACUUCCGCCACUUCUACUACCACUUCUACUACCACUUCCACAACCACUUCAAACACAACUUCCAUCAUCAUUGAUCCCUCAGAAAAAUUCUUGACAUAUUUACCUCAUAGUGGAUUUCACAAUCAACAUGGAGCAUUAAUGAAUGCAAUAAUGUUAUCAUAUAUAACAAAUCGUACAUUAAUUAUGCCACCUGUAUUAAUUAAUUACGUACCACAUUAUCAUUCAUAUUAUCCUUUAUCUAAUAAUUUAAAUGAAAUGAUUGAAGCCAAAAAUUAUCGAAAAAAUCAUUGUUCAUCAACAACAAUAUAUGAUGAGUAUGAUGAUGAUAAUAAAUAUUGUAAUGAUAAAAAAUAUUCAAAAUAUGAUAAUUUAACAAUGAUGAAUUGGGAAGAUAUUUUUGAUUUAAGUGAAAUAAGAAAACAUAUUAAAAUGAUUAAUCGAGAUUAUAAUUUUUCAUUAAAUAAAUUAAAAAAUACUUUAAAUAUUAAAAAUAUUAAAAAUAAUAAUAAUAAAGAUAUUUAUUUAUUUAUUGAAA